CGUCCGUUUUCUCUCUCGUGAAUGUCGUGAUCGCAACCCUCCCACCAAAGCUGAAUCCACCAUUCCUAAUUUCAUUCUUCCUCCCUAGCUUCGGAGUAGUACAUUUUUGCUAAUAUACAAUCAAUCGAUCAAGAUUCAAGAUUGUUCCCAGUUCAGAUGCUUGAUGAUGACUGUCGUCGGAAACAAUGCGUUGAUUUGUCGUCCUCAGUCGGAAUCUUGCUGUGCGUCGAUGAAGUUAGGGGUUUUGAAGCUACCGGCGUGUAAUUGCAAAGCUAAAUCACUGGGCUUCCACAUUACCGGUACCGAGGUGAAAACCACCUUCUUACCGCAUGUAAGGAAAACGGAGACUUCUAGAACCGUUCAUAUCAACGGAAAAUCCGCAAGUUCUCAUCAGCCAGGAUACAAUUCAAACGAUGAAAUCAGCGCAAUCGAUUUUUCUGGCUUUUCUGGUAAAAGUAUACCCCUGACUUCUACAAAUGGGAAUUCAACAAACAUUGUUUGGCACAAAUGCUCUGUAGAGAAAAGUGACAGACAGGAGUUACUUCAGCAAAGGGGUUGUGUUAUAUGGAUAACUGGUCUCAGUGGUUCAGGGAAGAGCACUGUGGCAUGUGCUCUAGGUCGCGGUUUACAUGCUAGAGGAAAACUCACUUAUAUUCUUGAUGGUGAUAAUGUUCGCCAUGGUCUAAAUCGUGACCUUAGUUUUGCAGCUGAAGAUCGGGCAGAAAAUAUUAGGCGGAUCGGGGAAGUGGCAAAGCUUUUUGUGGAUGCUGGAGUUAUUUGCAUUGCCAGUUUGAUAUCUCCCUACAGAGAGGAGCGAGAUGCUUGCCGUGCUUCACUACCUGAAGGGGAUUUCAUUGAGGUGUUCAUGGAUGUUCCUCUACAUGUAUGUGAGGCAAGGGAUCCUAAGGGAUUGUAUAAGCUAGCUCGAGCAGGAAAGAUAAAAGGUUUUACUGGUAUUGAUGAUCCUUAUGAGCCACCGUUGAAAUCAGAGAUAGUGUUGCGUCAGAACCAAGGGCUAUGUAAUUCUCCUGAUGACUUUGCUGAUGUAGUGAUCUCAUACUUGGACAAAAAUGGAUACCUGAAAGCUUAACUGUUCAGGACCUUAUGUUCAAGCGAGAUUCAGAGAGAUUUAGUUUCCUCUGUGUAUAAGUGGAAAAUGAUGUAUAUAGAUUUAGUUUGUAAACUGAAGGUUAGCACUGCUAUUAUACAACGCUUAUGAUCAUAUCACAGAAAGAAGCAUUGCAUUCAUGUGCUAAUUUGAAAUAUUGUCUUCUAAACUUGCUUCUAGAAACCCUGAACAGACUUAACUUUGGGAGUAUCCCCUUACCCCUAAUCUUGUUCAAGUGAAGCUAAUAACGAUGUUUAGUUUCUAGAAACAAGAACCAUAAUUGAGGUUUGGUUUUCAAAUCAAACAUGGGCUCUUGGUAGUUUAUUGAUAUAGUUUCUUCAUCUAACCAGUCAACGAGAACAAACAGAUAAAAUAAUAGCAGGAAAAUGAAUAAACAAAAAUCAGAACUUAAUUUUGGAUUUGCAUACAGAAGUUGCAUUCUGGAAUUUGGUGAAAACUGAGAUGUCACAGGUGCUAACUGUUCUGGCUUUGAGCUUCAAGACCUUCCAUACAGUGACCUUCCCAUGUAAAGCGGUUGACGAAGUAAAAUUCAAGCAACCAGAGAAUAGAUCUCCUAAGAAAUUAGGAUUCUUAGAGAAACCAUCUGAAUCAAUUAGCACAGCUGUGUUCAAAUCAUGAUCUGCUCUUGCUGGAAUGGUGUCUGCUUCAAUUGGUGCUUCUGCUGCUGGAUCUCCGCGAUAAGUCACAUAAGCUCUGCUACUGUCAUACUUGAAGCUACCAUAAUUCCUGUUAUGGAUAGUGAGG